AUUUUCUUGUCAUUUUGAACACGAGCAGACGUGCUCUCGCACCGCUGCCGGAAAAAUUCCAAUAAAUGUGCAAGAAAUUCGGUGCCGAUUGCAUACGAACGAGUGCGGCACAUUUUUCACGACGCAUUCGCACCAUUUUCAAGCCCGGAUGCCUUGUAGAGAUGGUGAUAUCUUGUGAUUAAAAUUCUCCCCGUCUGAGAUGUCUCAAACAUGAAUGAAGGUAAUUCAGCAGGAGGGGGGCAUGAAGGGCUUUGCCCGGCCCCUCCUGCUGUGCCAGACCGCGUAACUCCACAUUCAACGGAAAUUUCAGUUGCAACAGCCAAAACCACAAGCACUUCAGGACAAGCAGGAGCAGGAUCAUCUGUAGCAGCCUUGCCGGCCACCCGCCAUCACCAUCACCUUGCGACCCAAGCUAAGGGAAUCGCCAGCAGCAGCAGUAGCAAACAGAAGCAACUGCCCAGUGCGCAGCUGCCUGUGCCGCUGUCGCCCUUGCCGCAACAACAACAGCAAACGACAGAGGCAACGGCAGCAGCAGCAACAAGCGCCCACUGUAAUCCAUCCACCGGACCUAGUACGACCAGCACCAUAGAAGCCUCCGUUUCGCCGCCGCAGGCCAAGCGUCAGCGUUUAGAAAAUAUUGAGGAUAGGGCCUCCAGUAUUGUUGGAACAGCCGGGAGCAGCAACAUUGUGGGCUCUCUGCUUCCAGCAUCAGUGGCCUCCAACAGUGAGGUCGGUGGGCUUUCAUCGACGGCCCUGCAGGACCUGAAUGCCCUGAAGAAGCGCAUUCUUCAGCAGAAGUUGCAGAUUUUGCGUAAUCUUAAGGAAAGGCAUCUUGAAAAUGUGUCCGAAUACUUUUAUCUACAAAACGGCGGCAGUAUGAUGGACUACCCCGCGUGGCGCAAGAAGACACCAACCCCGCAGUUCAUCAGCUAUAGCAAUGCGAAUCGUAUAGAUCAGCUGAUACACGAGGAUAAGCCGAGCACAUCAGCAGCUGCAGCUGCGGCCCAGAAUCAAGCACAGAAAUAUACCACCCAACAGGCAGCCAUUGUGGAGUCGCCAGUGGUCAGUGAGAUUAGUACUGGGACGACUGCAACAGAAACACUGGAUGUCAGCAUCAGCAAUAGUACAGUGAAAACGAAUACGCAAUCUCAAGUGCCAAGUAAGAUUGGCAGCAACACAAACACAACUCCCGCAACAACAGCAAGCACCGCGAGCAGCACUGCCUUAGGAGCAGCUGCAAGUGCCCCCGCAUCCACCACAACUGGGAAUUCGGUUGAGGCGAGUAGUAAUGUCCUGCCACUGGAGGCGGAAAUCAAAAUCCCAUCUGUUGGAGCUACUCCGGUGGCCAUUUCGACUAAGCUACCUGCUGCAGUUGUCCAGCUAACGCAACAAGGUCACAUACCCGGUAGACCUUUAGGAGGUCGUCACGGUAUGGUCUUCGGUCAAAUACCCGCUCCUCCUGCUGCCGUAGGAAAUCCUUCUGUACCUUUGGUGCCAGGUGGCACUCCGCUGUUACCGUGCAGUACAUCCGUGGGAUCAACUGCGCUGAGGCGCCCACAAGGUCAGAACAAUGCCGCAAGCGGAUCAUCCUCGGCAUCUGGAGGAGGCGGAAGCGGUACACCCACACCUCUAUACACCGGCAAUGGCCCUGCGGCGUUGGGCGGCAGUGGAGCCCUCACGCCCGGCACUCCCACCUCUGGCAGCCUGCUCAGCCCCGCUUUGGCUGGUGGCUCUGGUACGCCGAAUAGUGCAGCGCAGGAGUUCUCGUUUAAGGCCAAGCAGGAAGUGUACGUGAUGCAGCGUAUAUCGGAACUACAGCGAGAGGGAUUAUGGACUGAGCGGCGACUGCCCAAGCUGCAGGAGCCCAGCCGCCCCAAGGCGCACUGGGACUACCUCCUCGAAGAGAUGGUUUGGCUGGCGGCCGACUUUGCACAGGAGCGAAAGUGGAAGAAAAAUGCGGCCAAGAAGUGCGCUAAGAUGGUGCAGAAGUAUUUCCAGGAUAAGGCGACUGCUGCCCAGCGGGCGGAAAAGGCUCAGGAACUGCAGUUAAAGCGCGUCGCCUCAUUUAUUGCCCGCGAAGUGAAGAGCUUUUGGUCGAAUGUCGAGAAGCUGGUCGAGUACAAGCACCAAACUAAGAUUGAGGAAAAACGCAAACAGGCUCUGGACCAGCACCUUAGCUUUAUUGUCGACCAGACGGAAAAGUUUUCACAGCAACUGGCCGAGGGAAUGAACAAGAGUGUGGCGGACACGCCCAGUCUGAAUUCUAGCCGCCUUACAUCGCCAAAACGGGAAUCUGAUGAUGACUUCCGACCUGAGUCUGGUUCCGAAGACGAUGAGGAGACCAUCGCCAAGGCCGAAGAAGAAGCAGCCGAUGUUAAAGAGGAGGUGACAGCGCUGGCCAAGGAGUCUGAAAUGGACUUUGAUGAUUUUCUCAAUGAUUUACCGCCUGGCUAUCUAGAGAAUCGUGAUAAGCUUAUGAAAGAGGAGCAGAGUGCGACGAUAAAGAGCGAAACUCCUGAUGAUAGCGAUGAUAGUGAGUUCGAGGCAAAGGAAGCCAGCGACGAUGACGAGAAUACCAUCAGCAAACAGGAAGAAGCCGAACAGGAGGUAGAUCACAAAAAGGAAAUCGAUGAAUUGGAGGCGGACAAUGAUCUGUCAGUGGAGCAGUUGCUGGCGAAAUACAAGUCAGCUAGAGUUAGUGACCAGCCUCCUAGUCCGAAGCGACGCAAGCUGGCACCGCGUGAUGCUGCACUGGAUUCUGAUGAUGACUCGACUGCUGUUGAUGAUUCCACCGACGAAAGUGAAGAGGAGGCCACUGAGGAUGAAGAAGAUCUAUCCACUAUUAAAACUGAUACGGAUAUGGAGGAGCAGGAGGAAGCAGAAGACGGCCUUAAAAGCUUGCUGACGGAUGGCGAUGCACCUGGUGGAGCUGUUGGCAGCGGAAGUGCCGCAGAAGGAAGCGGUAACAAGGAUGAUAUGCUUAAUAAUGCCGCCGCUUUAGCCGAAAGCCUCCAGCCGAAGGGUAACACCUUAUCCUCCACCAAUGUGGUUACCCCGGUGCCCUUCCUGCUAAAGCACUCGCUACGUGAGUACCAGCACAUUGGACUCGAUUGGCUGGUCACAAUGAACGAACGCAAACUUAACGGCAUCCUGGCUGACGAGAUGGGUCUGGGCAAGACCAUUCAAACCAUCGCUCUAUUAGCCCACCUUGCAUGCAAGGGUAACUGGGGGCCCCACCUUAUUGUGGUACCAUCGUCUGUGAUGCUCAACUGGGAAAUGGAGUUCAAGAAGUGGUGUCCCGGCUUCAAAAUACUCACCUACUACGGCACCCAAAAGGAGCGCAAGCUAAAGCGCGUAGGUUGGACAAAGCCAAAUGCUUUCCAUGUGUGCAUAACGUCCUACAAGCUGGUAGUGCAAGAUCAACAGAGCUUCCGUCGUAAAAAAUGGAAGUACCUCAUUUUGGACGAGGCGCAAAACAUCAAGAACUUCAAGUCUCAACGUUGGCAACUGCUACUUAACUUUUCCACAGAGAGACGGCUGUUGUUGACUGGAACACCAUUGCAGAACGACCUGAUGGAGCUGUGGUCCUUAAUGCACUUCCUCAUGCCAUAUGUGUUCUCAUCGCACCGCGAGUUUAAAGAGUGGUUCUCCAACCCGAUGACGGGCAUGAUUGAAGGCAACAUGGAAUAUAAUGAGACUUUAAUAUCUCGUCUGCACAAGGUGAUUCGUCCGUUCCUACUUCGACGUCUCAAGAAGGAGGUUGAAAAACAAAUGCCAAAGAAGUAUGAGCAUGUUAUCAUGUGCCGUCUUUCGAAUCGCCAGCGCUACUUGUACGACGAUUUUAUGAGUCGCGCCAAUACUCGAGAAACUCUUCAAACUGGAAACUUGUUGAGCGUGAUUAAUGUUCUGAUGCAGCUGCGAAAGGUGUGUAAUCAUCCGAACAUGUUCGAGGUUCGACCGACCAUCUCGCCAUUUCAAAUGGAGGGCAUUACAUUCCAUACGCCACGUCUUGUCUGCGACAUAAUGGAGUAUAAUCCGUUUACGCAAAUCAACCUUGAGACGGUGAAUCUGUUGUUACUGCAUCUGGAGCAAACGAUGACCGCUUACGUCUCGCACAAAUCCCGCCUGCUUGCUCCGCCUCGCAAGCUUAUCGAGGAGAUCGAUACGGCUCCCCAACCAGCACCCCGUUGUCCCAAUGGCAAAUACCGUUUUCACAUUCGGGUACGCAGUGCAGAGUUGGCCCAACGCAUCAAGCUGAACGCGGUAAAAGUAGGAGCCAGUCCUGCAAUGAGGAUGGAAGGUUCAAAGAUAGUGCCAAUGCGCAGUUUGCUACCUAGUGGGAGAGUUCUCAAACGAGUCAGUGCCUCCAUCAACCCUGUGAAUGUGGCUCUAAAACCAGUGGUCAUUAAUAGUGUGGUGACAACAGCGUCAACAACUGCAGCUUCUCCUACUGGAGCCUUAAGUGUGCUCAGCAACUCCAAGUUGCUAGGCGCGCGCUCGCAAAUAAAUGCUCCCACGCCUGCCAAAGUGGCUAAAACGAUGCAAGACGGAAAGCCAUUUUUCUACCUCACACCGGCUACGAAUUCGGGAGCAGCUGGAGCCCGCCUCACUCUGACGAGUAAAACCACAUCGUCAGCGGCCACGACGAUGUCCGGAGCAACCGGAUCUUCAGCAACUACGUCUUCCCAGCAACUAAUUAGGGAACCCAUUGUCAAAGAUCUGGCCACGCAUGUAAAAAGCACAGCACAAAAGCAAAGUAUUGCAAAUGGGAAAACGGAGCCAGAGGAAGAAACUGAGACCGAGGAUCCGUACAAAGUGCAGGAAUUGAUUCAGAUGCGCAAGGAGCAGCGGUUGGCUUCGCUAAAACGUAUGGCAAUGAUGAAUCGUCGGCGAACCGAUGCUACUCCCAUAUACGGCGAAGAUUGCCGCGGGGCUAUUCAGCGGUGUAUGCAGGCGACGAGAUCACUGAAGCGGUCAACCUGGCAGACACGUGGCUACUCUAAUUGCUGCACGGCCAUGUCGCACCGAGAUGGCUGGUCUCUGAAUCAUUUGCUGAAGAGUUUCGAAGAAAGAUGUGCAGACCUUAAGCCAUUGUUUGCCAACUUUGUAAUCUAUGUUCCUUCCGUUUGUGCGCCGCGUAUCCGUCGUUAUGUACAGAAUCUUGCAUCAACGCACUGGCAGUAUGAGCGCGAAAUUGAAAACACUGUGGGUCAGGCCUUACUGCCGAAGUUAGCUCUGCUUCAUCCAAUAAUUUCGGCAAUGACCACUCAGUUUCCGGAUCCGCGUCUAAUUCAGUACGAUUGCGGCAAGCUGCAAACAAUGGAUCGAUUGUUGCGUCAACUGAAGGUUGAGGGGCACCGUGUACUGAUAUUCACCCAAAUGACGAAGAUGUUGGAUGUUCUGGAGGCCUUUCUUAACUACCACGGUCACAUUUAUCUGCGUUUGGAUGGUUCCACGCGGGUAGAACAGCGUCAGAUCCUAAUGGAGCGUUUUAAUGGAGAUAAACGAAUCUUCUGCUUUAUUCUCUCCACGCGGUCUGGUGGAGUUGGCAUAAACUUGACUGGUGCCGAUACUGUGAUCUUUUACGACUCGGACUGGAAUCCCACUAUGGAUGCGCAAGCCCAGGACCGAUGUCAUCGAAUUGGUCAGACACGAGAUGUUCACAUCUACCGACUUGUCUCCGAAAGAUCCAUAGAGGUAAACAUCCUCAAAAAGGCAAACCAGAAACGAAUGCUUAGCGACAUGGCCAUCGAAGGUGGUAACUUUACCACCACAUACUUCAAGAGUUCUACCAUCAAGGAUCUUUUUACUAUGGAACAGAACGAGCAAGACGAUACUAGCCAGGAAAAAUCAGAGGAUAAGGAUAAAAUUGUGGCUACGACAACGCUUCUGGAUUCGUCGACGACGGUCGUUGAUACAGAGAAACAAUCACUGCGCGCCUUUGAGCACGCCUUGGCAGCCGCCGAGGACGAACAGGAUGUCCAAGCUACGAAGACAGCCAAAGCAGAAGUGGCCGCAGAUUUGGCGGAGUUCGACGAGAACAUUCCCAUUGCAACUGAUGAUGCUAAUGCGGAAGGAGGAGCUCAAGUUGAGCUCAGUAAGGCCGAUCUGGAGAUGCAGAACUUGGUGAAACAGCUCUCUCCCAUCGAGCGUUACGCCAUGCGCUUCGUAGAAGCUACUGGAGCAGCGUGGACAGCGGAACAGUUGCGAGCCGCGGAGGCGGAGUUGGAGGCACAGAAACGAGAAUGGGAGGCCAAUCGGUUGGAGGCCAUGCACAAGGAGGAGGAGCUGCUUAAGCAAGAAACGGAAGCCGAGGAGAUGCUCACCUACAGUCGCAAGGAUUCGAGUAAUCAGGUCUGGAUAUCGCGCAACACCAUGGAACAGAUGCCGAUGUGGUGUCCUCCCACGCCGCCGCAGGAUAACGAUAAUGAUAUCUAUAUUGACUAUUCGUUGUCGUUCAUGUACGAGCUGGAACCCAUUGCAGAGAUGGAUUUGCCUCCAGUUUACGUGCGCAAAGAUCACAAGCGUUCGCGCACCGAUGCUGGUUACGAUGGAAGCAGAAGGCCUAAUAAGAUGCGCCGGGAAGAUAACUAUGUGCCUCCCAGAUCGCUUUUUGAUCGACCGACACCACAACUGGCACGUCUGCGGCGCGAACUGAAGAGUCAGCGAUUCCGUGGAAGUUUUAAACCAAACUCUCCGAUUCCAGGGCUGAAACCUCAGCUUCCGACUAAACCUCUUACAGAACCGGAGGCCAUGGCAGAGUGGUGUGUCUUUGAGGAUAUGGCCAUUCUUCACGUGCUGGUGAAUCUACAAGGAUUGCCUUGUAGCCUGAUGCUCCUCUCUCCUGGGCAGACGCCUAACUGGGAUCUUGUCUCUGAGAUGGUUAACUUCUGCUCAAAGACGUACCGUUCGGCGCGUCAAUGUCGCUGGAGAUACGAGACUCAUAUUCAGCCGCGAGAAGAAGGCAAGGUGGUGGAGAGUCCGAAGAAGCAGAAAAAACUUAAACCCACUCUGCGAACUGAUUACCUGAAGAGUCCACUGCGGUAUUUGCGUACCACCCAGCUCUACGUAAGCGAUAACAACGCUUCUUUUUAUAAGACGAUGCGCUCGCGCUUCGAUAGCAUCAAGACGGCUUACCUAAAGAAGGCCCCGCCUCCAAAGCGCCAGUUUACUGCUCCCAGCCUGAUGAAUCCCAAACACAUGGAGGUUUUGCAAGAGUUCGGCAUUCAAAACUAUGAUCAGCCUGUGCCGCCGCAGAAUAUUGCGGCGAUGAAGGCGAAUAAGAUCAGGGAAAAGCAGCGAGGACAGCAGAUGUCACAACCUUCCGUUGGCGUAGCAGUUGUCCAGCAAGUGCAACAGCAAGCCCCACAGCAACAACAGCCUGCACCACCUCCGCCGCAGCAACAGCAACCGCAACAAGUGGUCCAGCAGGUGCAACAGCAACAGCAGCAGCAGGUGGUGCAGCAACAAUUGCCAACUGUUCCUACCGUUCAGCAGACUCUGCCUGUACAACAAACAGUGGAGCUAGUGCAACAGCAACCCAGCACCACAACAACGGUGGCUGUUCCAGCCGCUGGUCAACUGCAACAACUACAGAUCCAGCACUUGACCAGUUCGAAUGUCUCACCCGGUCAGCAAACGGCCAUCCUUCUCCAUCAACCACAGCAGCAGUUACGUACACAUCCUGGUCAGUCAGGACAAACUACCACCCAACAACUGGUCAAGACCAUUGUGGGCACGUCUUCCAGUCUGACGGCAGGUCAGUUACAACAGCUGGCUCAACAGUCGGUGGCUGCUUCGGGCGGUCAGUCCAGUGUGAGUGUUGUACUAACCACUCCAGUCCAGACUCUUCCGGCAGUGGUGCAACCCCAGAUCGGCUCAGGUGCCCAGAUAGUAUCUAUCUCGUCACAGACGCUGCCGGUGAACAGUUCUCCACAGUUGGGCAGCAUUGUGCAGACCCAGUCGCUGCCUCAGGUGGUUUCCGUUAGCACUCUGCCCACCGUGAGUACUGUGCUGACCACUACUGCCAGUCAGCAGCAACAGCAGCACCAGACCGCAGCUGUAACCACACUAAACACUGCCAUGCUGCGUGGCCAGCGGAUUGUGUCGACAGCUGCAGGAAAUACCCUACAACAGCGCACCGCAGCCGGUAGUCAGUCUAUGCAGAAUUUGGGACAAGGCGUGAGUCCGGCGCAAUUUCAGACUCAUCUCCGUUUGGCAGCUGUUCCCACAUCUCCGGCCACUCAGACCACCCAGCUGGUAACCACAAAGGGUAUUCCGGUUAGCGCAUUACAGCAGGGAGGAAAGACUACGGUGAUACCUGGGACUCAGCAAUCCGGAGGGGCACACAUCCAGCUCUACCGACAGCGCAGCCUAAAGGUGCUGCAAACAGCCACUCAGGCUGUCGCCGGUGGAUCAGCUGGUGGUACUCCAGGAGCCACUGCUAAUCUUCUGCAAGCUGGUGGUACAAUAAUUCAGGCUAGCAGCAUGGGCACUCACGUGACCAGCCAAAAAGUGGCUGUGUCAGGAAUGCCGGGAACAUCCGCCACUGUGCAGGCGGGUAAUGUGACCAGGACACAAUUAAUCAAGCAUAUGGCGGCCGGGAAGCAGCAACUGCAGCGCCAAGUGGUGUCCGCAGACGGAACUACCACCACUGCAGGAACUGGAGAUAUGUUAUUAGUUAAGCGACAUAAUAUUCUUGCCGCCCAAAAGGCGCAACAGAACUCUGGAGCGCUAUUUACUACUACCAGUGCUCAGCAGCAGCAACAGCAGGGUCAACUCCCUGUGGCCGGGCAGCCUCAGCAGGUUACUCAGCAGCAGAUCGCUUCUCUGGUUAAAGCUUCUACGGCGGCAGCAGCCAGCGGAAGCAGUGUCAAUGCUGGCGGAGUAACUGUAUCGGCCACCAAUCCAACUGUCCAGGCGGGAAGCGUGAAUAUGACCCUUCCCCAGCUCAAGCCAGGCAGUCAGAUCAAGGUAACAAUGCCCAACCAGAUGCGUCAUCUUCAAAUGCAACAACAGCUGACAAUGCCGCGAAAGAUUAGCCGGAUGACGCAGCUGGUCAGUGCCAGUGGUCAGCCCACGGCAACUAAUAUAGUGACGACCACUGGUCCCCAGCAGCAACAGCAGCAGGGAGUCACUGUAUCUGGCGGCACUUUGCCCACAGUAGCUGGCCAGCAGCAGCAACAACAACAUCAGAAAGUGGGUGGAAAUAGUGUCCAGGCGCAAUUGUUGCACAUCCAGAAUACCAAGGCACUGCCGAAUUCGGUGACCGUACAGCAGAUCCAGCAGGUGAUGCGCAGUGGUCAGCAGGGCACAUUGGCCACCACCAAUCUGGUAUUGGGUAAGACAAGCGUUGGACGGGUGAUUCCCGUGUCGGUGGCUUCGCAGGCAAAUCAACGUCAGACAAUUCAGGUUGUUUCGGCUGCCUCCGCACAAGCGUUGGCUGCAGGAAAUCUCCGCACCCAUGUCGCUGGUCCAAGCAUCGCCAGUGCGCUGAAAGUGGCCGCCUCCGGAGGAGCUGCAGGCCAGACAACGCAGCAGACCCUGAUUGCUGCACUGCAGCACAAUCAACGACAGAACGCUAGUCCUGUCCGAUUGCAGGCCACCGCCGGUGGCAAUCUCCUGGCAGUUGUACAGCAGCAACAGCAGCAGCAGCACACGAACAUUGCAGGACCUACUGCUGGACCGGCGGAGGUGAUGACGAUCACACAGACGACCACGACAUUGCCCACGGUGGGCAGCUUGCAGCAGCAGCAGCAACAAGGUGGAAUAUCGCAGCCUACAACGCAACAGGUACGCAAGCUGGUGCAGAAAAAGAUCCUGAUACGAAGCGAGAAAGAAUAACGCUCGAGCAGGACCGCCAGACCACGUCACCGGCGGAGCAUCUCGAGCAUCAUCUCCACUGCCACCUACAACACACCAAUUCAGAUUCAAACCCCACAACCACCACAAAAUCAAACACCUUCAACUCAGUCAAAAGCCAAUCAAUCAGAUCCUUUCGAAUUUAAAGAUCGAACAAAUCUCAAUAGCUCAUCCCUCGCCGAUCCUCAUGCAUUCAAUCAGUCAGCCAGUCAAUCAGCCAGCCAUUGCUAAAUUGAUCUCAAUUUCUGUCGAUUGGUUUUGCAGCCAUGAGCGAAUGGCGGUCGUUACGAUCCGAUCUAACCGCUUUGGAGGAUGGUGAGCUGAAGGUGAGACGCUGAAGAUGACGAAGAAGAUCGCUUCAAUCAGCAGAAUCCGCCGUAUUACUAAUCUUACUGAUCCAUAGAUAUACCUUUUAGCUUAAGUGGCAUGUAACUGUAAUCUAUUCAAGUACGAUCCUAUAUUUACCGAAGUGAAGAGUGCCUAGAUCGUAGGCUAACUGCUUUAAAAUCAAUUUGUAAAUCGUAGUUAAGGUCUCAGCCCUAUAUUCCCAUAUAGCAUUAUGUACAUUCGUAAAUCUAAUGCAGAUCUAUCCGAUACUACAUAAAUACCCUUUAAUAUACAUAUACCUAUAAUCAGUUAGUUUUUAUUCAGAAAUAACGUAUGGCCUAGUAUUAUGAUUAAACGCAAAUAAAGAAAAUAUGUAAAAACCAAAA